CUCUCUCUCUCUCCAGCUGCCCCUUUGGAAGUCGCAUCACGUUGGGAGGCCUCCAGGAGGAACGCCUCAGUCCUGUCGGCUGGUGGCGUCCUCUCUCUUCCUCCCUUUCCCUUUCCCUCCUUUCAUUCUCUCUCUCUCUCUUUCUCUCUGCUUUAGAAAAGGGGGCUCAGCCUCCUCUGUGCCUUUUCCCCUCCCCUUUUUUUUGUACCUUAUCAGCAAUUCAGAUCGCAUGCAAAAAUGGGCAAAUCCCCUCCCUGAGAGAGAGAGAGAAAGAGAGAGAAAGAGAGAGGGAGGGGAAGAGGGCUCUCUUUCUCCUCCUCCUCCUCUUCCUCCUCCUUUCCUGCUCUGCCCUCCCUCCUUCCAGCGACAAAAGUACCUUCCUCCUUUCCGAGCUUCCUUUGGGCUGGGAGAGCUCGCCUGCUUGCCUUGCCUUGCCUUGCCUUGCCUGCUUCCCUGCUUUCCUGCUUUGUGCCGGCCAUGGCGAGGGGCUGUUGGUGGGCUCCCCUUGGACUGCUGCUCCUGCUCUCCUCCUCCUCCCAAGGGGGCUGCCCCGGCGAGAGGGAGCUGGAGAGGAGAGAGGAAGAGGCCAAUGUGGUCCUCACCGGCACCGUGGAGGAGAUCCUCAACGUCGACCCUGUCCACCAGACCUACUCCUGCAAGGUGAGAGUCUGGAGGUACCUGAAAGGCAAGGAGGUCGUGACGCAUGAGAUCCUCUUGGACGGUGGUAACAAAGUGGUGAUUGGGGGUUUCGGGGACCCCACGAUCUGCGACAACCAGGUGUCGACGGGAGACACGCGGAUUUUCUUUGUGAACCCGGCCCCGCACUACAUGUGGCCUGCUCACAAGAACGAACUCAUGCUCAACUCCAGCCUUAUGCGGAUUACUCUGCGUAACCUGGAAGAGGUGGAACACUGUGUGGAAGAACAUAGGAGGCUCCUUGCCGACAAACCAGGGACCUACUUCCCUCAGCCGCUGCCAACCCCUCAGGAUGUGUGUCGCGGCGUGCUCUGCGGGUUUGGUGCCGUGUGCGAAAGGAGCCCCACAGACUCCUCCCAGGGUGUGUGUGUAUGCAAGAAGACCACCUGUCCUUCGGUGGUGGCUCCCGUCUGCGGCUCGGACUAUUCAACCUAUAGCAACGAAUGUGAGCUGGAGAAGGCUCAGUGCAACCAACAGCGCCGGAUCAAGGUCAUCAGUAAAGGAGCUUGCGGUUCAAAGGACCCUUGCGCCGACGUGACAUGCAGCUUUGGCAGCACCUGCGCCCGCUCCACGGACGGACAGUCGGCCAAAUGCAUCUGCCCAUCCUCCUGCAGCGGCAUUCCUGAGAACACGGUGUGCGGCAGCGACGGCAAGGAUUACCGCAGCGAGUGCCACCUCAACCGGCACGCCUGCGACAAGCAGGAAAACAUCUUUAAGAAGUUCGAUGGCCCUUGCGACCCCUGCAAAAGCACCCACAAUGACAUGAAUCGCGUUUGCCGGGUCAACCCUCGCACACGGCGCGCCGAGCUCCUCUCCCGACCCGAGAGCUGCCCCUUAAAGUGGGAUCCGGUGUGUGGUGACGAUGGGGUGACCUAUGACAACGACUGCGUCAUGGUGAGGUCUGGCGCCAUUCGGGGAAUCGAGAUCCAGAAGGUGCGCUCCGGACAGUGCCUAUUUCAAGACAAGUGCAAGGACGAGUGCCGCUUCAAUGGGGUGUGCCUCAACCGUCGGGGGGCUCCCCGCUGCUCCUGCGAGCGCAUCGCCUGUGACGGCUCUUACCGGCCUCUCUGCGGCAGGGACAGCCGAACCUACGCCAACGACUGCGAACGCCAGAAGGCCGAGUGCCAGCAGAGAGCCGCCAUCCCGAUCAAACACCAGGGCCCUUGUGAUCUUGGCACCCCGAGCCCCUGCCUGAGUGUCGAGUGCACAUUUGGGUCGACCUGCGUGGUGAAGAACCAGGAGGCGGUGUGCGAAUGCCAACAGGUGUGCCAAAGUCUCUACGAUCCGGUCUGCGGCAGCAACAACCUCACGUAUGGCAACCCCUGUGAGCUGGAGGCCAUGGCUUGUGCCCUCAGGAAAGAGAUCCGAGUGAAACACAAAGGCCCUUGCGACCGUUGUGGGAAAUGUCAGUUUGGUGCCAUCUGCGAGGCGGAAACGGGAAGGUGCGUGUGCCCGACCGAAUGCAUCCCGUCCUCUCAGCCGGUCUGCGGCACGGAUGGGAACACCUACCAGAAUGAGUGCGAACUCCAUGUACGGGCAUGCACCCAGCAAACUAACAUCGAGGUGGCAGCCCAAGGCGACUGCAAAACCUGUGGGGGCGUGGUGUGCUCCUUCGGGGCCCAAUGUGUGGACGGGCAAUGCGUCUGUCCACGUUGCGAGAAGCAGCCCCUGGGCCGAGUAUGCGGGAGCAACGGCGUCACCUAUGAGAAUGCAUGCGAGCUGCGAGUGGCAGCCUGUCAACAGAAGAAGGACAUUGAGAUCACUCAGACGGGGCCUUGCGAGGAGGAAUGCGGAUCGGGAGGAGGGUCUGGCUCUGGGGACUUGAACGAAUGCGACCGGGACAGCUGUCGGCAGUAUGGCGGUUCCUGGGACGAGGAUGUGGAAGACGACCGCUGCGUGUGUGACUACACGUGUGGGGCCGUGCCAAGAAACCCGGUGUGUGGCUCCAACGGUGUGACCUAUGCGAAUGAGUGUGAACUGAAGAAGACACGCUGCGAGAAACAACAAGAUAUCUACGUGACGAGUCAAGGAGCCUGUCGAGGAGUCACCAGUCUUCCGCCUCCUCUUGAAGUCCUCCACUGUAGCCAGACCGUUUAUGGAUGCUGUCCGGACAACGUGACAUUGGCCCUCGGUGUCGGCUCCGCCGGAUGCCCCAGCACCUGCCAUUGCAAUCCGUACGGUUCCUAUGGAGGAGGCUGCGACCCUGCGACGGGGCAAUGCUCCUGCAAGCCUGGUGUGGGGGGCCUGAAGUGCGACCGAUGUGAGCCUGGCUUCUGGAACUUCCGCGGCAUCGUCACCGAUGGCAAGAGUGGCUGCACCCCGUGUCACUGCGAUCCUGUAGGUUCCGUGCGGGACGACUGCGAGCAGAUGACCGGCUUGUGUUCCUGUAAGACAGGCAUCACGGGCAUGAAAUGCAACCAGUGUCCCAAUGGGAGCAAACUGGGGAUGUCGGGCUGUGAGAAAGACCCGUCUGCGCCUUCGUCCUGUGAGGAAAUGGCGUGUGAGUUCGGGGCGUCGUGUGUGGAAAUCAACGGUUCGGCACACUGCGAGUGUCCUGUUUGCACAGAGGAGAACAUGGGGAAGGUCUGUGGCUCCGAUGGAGUGACUUACGGUGACCAGUGCCAGCUGAGAACCAUCGCUUGCCGGCAAGGGCAGGUCAUCGAGGUGAAGCAUUUUGGUCAAUGCCAAGGUGAGUCUAUUGUUGCACAUCGAGUCUUCUUGUUACAUCAGUUAUUAAACCCUGUGGCUUACAUAAAAAGUGCAAGGUUCAACACCGGCUCUGGGACGGGCAUCAUCACAAGCCGAGUGCCCAUUGAGCCCGGUAGGUGGCAUCAACUGGUGGUCAACCGGAACCGAAGGAGCGGCAUGCUUUCUGUGGACGGGGAGCCUCAUGUCAAUGGCGAGAGCCCAAGUGGCACAGAUGGGCUGAAUCUGGACACCGAUCUCUUCAUUGGAGGGUCUCACUCUGAUCCUCAAAUGUUUGGUGUAGGUGACGAAGAGACCAAAGAGACAAGGGUGACGGGGACCCCUGUGAUCGAGCGGGCCACGUGCUACAACACCCCCUUGGGAUGCUGCUCCGACGGCAAGACGGCCGCUGCGGAUGCCGAAGGAAGCAACUGUCCGGCCACAAAGGUGUUCCAAGGAGUUCUCAUCUUGGAAGAAGUUGAAGGCCAGGAGCUCUUCUACACGCCGGAGAUGGCCGACCCCAAGUCGGAACUCUUUGGGGAAACGGCCCGGAGCAUCGAGAGCGCGCUGGAUGAGCUUUUCCGCAACUCAGACAUCAAGAAGGAUUUCAAGAGCAUCCGGGUGCGAGACCUGAGCCAAAGCAACCCCGUGCGCGUCAUUGUGGAGGCCCAUUUUGACCCAGCCACGACCUACGCAGCCACCGACAUCCAGAGGGCUCUUCUGAAGCAGAUCAAAGCCUCGAAGAAAAGGACCAUCUUGGUGAAAAGGCCUCAGCAAGAGAAUAUCAGAUUUAUGGAUUUUGAUUGGAUCCCCCAGCUCUUCACCACCACAACUACCACCACCACAGCCACCACCAUGGCGCCAGCCGCCACCACCACCCGCCACUACACCACUACGGCUCUGCCCCGAGCAUUGUAUCCAGGGAGACUCAAUGUUAAAACCCCGGGCCCAAUCACCACGAAGAGACCGGUCACCACUGCGCCAGCCACCACUUCCCGUAAGAAGCCAUUCCGCCUGCCCCCCACGACCAAGAAACCAGCUCGGCCUUGCGAUUCCCACCCGUGUCUCCAUGGUGGUACUUGUGAAGACGACGGACGGGACUUCACCUGCAGUUGUCCAGCUGGGAAAGGAGGAGCAGUGUGUGAAAAAUCAAUUCGGUACUUCAUCCCAAGUUUUGGUGGGAAGUCCUACCUGGCGUUCAAAAUGAUGAAGGCCUACCACACCGUGCGCAUCGCCAUGGAGUUCCGGGCCUCCGAGCUCAGCGGGCUGCUCUUGUACAACGGGCAGAAUCGGGGCAAGGAUUUCAUCUCCCUCGUUCUUGUGAACGGCUUUGUGGAACUCAGCGUGGCUGAGCGCACCUCCGUCACGUCCGGCCUGAAGGGCUGCAUCCGCCUCCUGGACGUCAACAACCAGAUGUACGACCUGCGGGAGAAAGGCAGCGACGUGCUGUACGGCAGCGGAGUGGGCGAGUGCGGCAACAACCCCUGCCACCCCAACCCUUGCCACCACGGCGGCCUCUGCCACGUCAAAGAAGCGGAGAUGUUCCAUUGCGAAUGCCUCCACGGCUAUACAGGGCCGACCUGCGCCGACGAAAGGAAUCCCUGCGAUCCCAAUCCAUGCCACAUUUCCGCCACUUGCUUAGUGUUGCCCGAGGGGGGUGCCAAGUGCGAAUGCCCCAUGGGACGAGAAGGAGAGUUCUGCGAGUCAGUCACAGAACUGGACCAGACAGUGCCUUUCCUGCCAGAAUUUAAUGGAUUCUCCUACCUGGAGCUGAAUGGACUCCAGACUUUUGUGACCGACUUGCAGGACAAGAUGACCAUGGAAGUCGUGUUCCUGGCAAAGAACCCAAGCGGCAUGAUUUUCUACAACGGGCAGAAGACGGACGGCAAAGGCGAUUUCAUCUCCCUGUCCCUGCAUGACGGCUACUUGGAAUAUAGAUACGACCUGGGCAAAGGAGCAGCCGUUAUCAAGAGUAAGGAACCCAUUCCCCUGAACACCUGGACCAGUGUUUUGCUGGAGAGGAACGCACGCAAAGGAGUGAUGAGAAUCAAUAGCGGCGAGCGGAUCAUGGGGGAGUCCCCGCUGCCUCACACCUCUCUCAACUUGAAGGAGCCCCUCUAUGUUGGAGGAGCGCCCGACUUCAGCAAACUGGCUCGUGCUGCAGCAAUGUCCACCAGCUUUGAUGGAGCCAUCCAGAAGAUUUCCAUCAAAGGCAUCCCAGUUCUCAAGGAGGAGAACAUUCGCAGCGCCAUCGAGAUCUCCACUUUCCGCUCCCACCCAUGCACCCAGAAGCCCAGCCCUUGCCAGAACGGAGGGAUGUGCAAUCCUCGCAUGGAGAGUUACGAAUGUGCCUGUCAGAGGGGCUUCUUUGGGGCUCACUGCGAGAAAGUCAUCAUUGAGAAGGCAGCGGGAGACUCCGAGGCCAUUGCCUUCAACGGCAGGACAUACAUCGAAUACCAUAAUGCUGUGACCAAGAGCCAACUGACCAAUGAGAUUCCAGCUCCUGACGCACUGGAUUAUCCUCUGGAUAUCAGUGAGAAGGCCCUGCAGUCGAACCACUUUGAGCUGAGCAUCAAGACGGAAGCCACGCAAGGCCUCAUCCUUUGGAGCGGGAAGGCUCUGGACCGAUCCGACUACAUUGCCCUGGCCAUUGUGGACGGCCGCGUACAGAUGACCUACGACCUCGGCUCCAAGCCUGUCGUCCUACGCUCCACCGUCCUGGUCAACACAAACCAGUGGGUCCAGAUUAAAGCAUACAGGGUGCAUCGAGAGGGGUCCCUCCAAGUUGGCAACGAGGCCCCCAUCACAGGCUCGUCCCCUCUGGGGGCAACACAGCUGGACACAGACGGAGCCCUUUGGCUAGGCGGGCUGGAGAAGCUCAGCGUGGCUCACAAGCUGCCCAAGGCCUACAGCACCGGCUUCAUCGGCUGCAUCCGAGACGUCGUCGUGGACCGCCAAGAACUGCAUUUGGUGGAGGACGCUCUAAACAACCCCACCAUCUUACAGUGUUCGGCCAAAUAAAGACUCCCCGCAGCCCUUCCUCCUCUCCUUCCUUCCUCUUCCUCCCCGUUCCCUUCUCUCUUCCUUCCUCCUCCUCCUCCUCCCGGCUAUUGCUGUAAUUAUUUUCUAUUUUUGUAAACUUAUUGCUUUUUAUAUUUUUGUGGGGGGAAGGGAGGGGGGGAGAGCAGGGAGACCAAGAGGAGGACGACGGAGAGAGAGAGAGAGGACCUCGGGGCGGGGGGGGAGGAGGAGCGGGUUGUUUAUUUUCGGUUGCGACGGCGUUGCGGCGUCAUCUCACCCAAGCCAGUUGGACUCUUUUUGAGCCUCCGUUCCACUCCCAAGACGUGACCAAGGAACAAAACCAACGUGCUUCUUCCUACCCGGCUGCCCAUUUUGUUUUCGGACGUCGUCAUAUUUUUUUUUGUUUUUGUUUCCUGCUGUUAAGCAUCAUUCAUACUUGAAACGUUUUCUAAUGGCCACAAAGAAGAAUCAGAUCGAUGCCGACGAGGAGAAGAUCGGAAAGUUUGCCAGAGGAAAAUAGGCUUGUUUGCCGCAUCCUUGAACCUUUUCUAUGGGAUUGGGUUGUGGGGAGAAGGCUGAAUCCACGAGAGGGACCUCCGGAGGACGCCCAAAGGCCUUGGACCAAAACCUACCAGCCUUGGACUCACCCUUUAGUCUUCUUUCCUAGGUUUGCUAUUAUCUUCUUGUACUCACCGUUAGGAUGAAAAACACUGAAUGCUGUAUGUA